GUGUAUGCAUGUGUGGAUGUGUGUGAGAAGACGGUGGUGGGGGCGGCACUGAAUGGCUGGGAAGAGCCGCCCGGGAAUGGUGGGGUUACAAAGCCAGUGGAGUUCUACUUUAAGGUAUCCCCAGAGACCCCACACUGGGUUUUGAAACGCUGCCACAACCGGCGGUCGUUUUGCAGACAGCAAGAGAUGGUGAGGCCAUCAAGAAAUAGACAGGGCACCACCAGUCAAUUUCUCUCGGUCGAAUUCUACAUACACCACUAGUUUUCCAUCACCGCCUCAAAGUAAUAUCUCGCAGUUUCUCUCCUUUCCAAGUGUCCAGUGGCCAAUUGUUUCUCACGGCCCAAGCGCUUCGGUUCUUGAUGUGUGGAUGCACUCCACAAGAUAAGAUCGAGCCACCAUCUCUGCCAAGACCCGCCUCGGCGAUCUUCCACCAGUCCCUGUGAAGCCGCCCCCUGUGUGCGCCACAACACCGACACGGAGACAUCAUUCCAUUCCAGAGCACCACAGCACCCGCAGCGAUCGACGGUUGCAUGAAGAACCCCCCUUGAAUAUCAACCUUGUAUCCUGCCCAACCUUCCACCUGGUCGUGUCGUCUGAUGCCUUGUUCUCCUGUCGCCAGACCCAAGAGCUUGCCUGCUGUCUGCUGUGCCGAGCUAUGGAGCUACUGCUACGGUAGCAUGUUUGGACCAUCUGGUGCUCCCAGCCAAUUGCGAGCCCGGCGAACCCCGUGUUUCUUUUCUUCAAGAUCAGUCCCCACCGAGUGAGGCCCGAUUUCUCGAGCUGUCAACCAUGCAAGAUCUUAAGGUCCAGGGGAUGAUGAUUCGCCCAUGAGCUGUCCAAGAGUCAUCGCCUCCAUCACCCCAGGUUGGUACUGCUGUCACGGCGGACCUUGUCGUGCUUGUACCUGCGUGGUGCAAGACAGCAGUGAUCAUGGGGCGGCUAUUCACUUGCCACCAGCUAUGAAUGCCCACCACCAUUACGAGAUAGCUGGCACUACCACGAUGGGUCUCUCAAAACUCUCCACGUUACUAUUACUGGCGAUAGGGGUCGUCUCACCUUCCGUUGCGGCCCCAGCCCCUCGCCAGGAAUCUGGCUGGUGGCUCAGUACCAUCAAGCGGCAAGGUAACGCUGCCUUCAACGCCGACCCUGCCAACUACAAGGUCUUCCGCAAUGUUCAAGACUACGGUGCCAAGGGCGAUGGCGCCACCGAUGAUACCGAGGCCAUCAACAGGGCCAUCAGCGACCAGAACCGCUGUGGUCUCGGCUGCACCUCUCAGACCACGACCCCCGGUCUUGUGUACUUCCCUCCCGGCACCUACCGCGUCAGCAAGCCGAUCAUUCCCUACUACUACACCCAGAUGGUCGGUGAUGCCAUCAACCCUCCGACUCUCAAGGCCACCGCCGACUUUGAAGGCAUGGCCGUGAUUGACGCUGAUCCCUACGAGAAUGACGGCCGCAACUGGUGGACCAACCAGAACAACUUCUUCCGCCAGGUUCGCAACUUUGUCAUCGACAUCAAGGACAUGCCUUUCGACAAGGGUGCCGGCAUCCACUGGCAGGUCGCCCAGGCCACCAGUCUGCACAAUAUUGUCUUCAACAUGCGUGAGGACGGUGGUUCCGCGAACAAGCAGCUGGGUAUCUUCAUGGACAACGGCUCCGGUGGUUUCAUGGUUGAUCUUACCUUCAAUGGUGGCCAGUAUGGUGCCUUCUUUGGCAAUCAGCAGUUCACUACCCGCAACCUCACCUUCAACCGCUGCCAGACUGCCAUCUACAUGAACUGGAACUGGGCUUGGACUUUCCAGGACGUUCACAUCAACGACUGCCAAGUCGGUAUUGACAUGUCCAAUGGUGGGCCUGAGGGUCAGACUGUCGGGUCUGUCUUGAUGGUUGACAGCGUUUUUACCAACACCCCAACCGGUAUCAAGACUGCCUACAACCCCGAUUCUCCCCAGACCAAUGGCACCCUCAUUCUGGACAACGUUGACUUCUCGGGUUCUCAGCAGGCUGUUCUGAACAAUGCCACCCAGUCUGUGAUUCUCGAGGGCAACCAAAAGGUGGACUUUUUCGUCCAAGGCAAGACCUACGGCGGAGCUGUCAGCGGAGCUGCUGCCGGCCGUGCUGUACAAAGCGCCCAGCAGAACGUCCGGAAGCCUGCCUCUCUGCUCGACCAGGCCACUGGCAAGGUCUUCACCCGCACCAAGCCUCAAUACGAGGACGUCCCGGUUGGCAACUUUGUCAGCGUCAAGUCCCAAGGUGCCAAGGGCGAUGGCAAGACGGACGACACCGACGCCAUCCAGAAGAUCUUUGACAGCGUUACUCCUGAUCAAGUUGUCUACUUUGACCAUGGUGCCUACAUCAUUACCAAGACUGUCAAGGUCCCCAAGGACAUCAAAAUCACUGGCGAGAUUUGGCCUCUGAUCCUUGCUGGAGGUGACCAGUUCUUCAAGGACCAGGCCAACCCCAAGCCCGUCUUCCAGGUUGGCCAGCCCGGUGAUGUUGGCAACGUUGAGAUGUCUGAUCUCAUCUUCGGCACUGCUGGUCCCCAGCCCGGCGCCAUCAUCAUGGAGUGGAACGUCAAGGGUACUACGCCUGGCGCUGCCGGCCUCUGGGAUGUCCACACCCGCAUCGGUGGGUACCGCGGCACCGAGCUUGAACUGGAGCAGUGUGCAAAGAACCCCAACGUCACCAACACCAUUCCCGAGCAGUGCUUUGGUUCUUUCAUGAUGCUCCACAUCCCGGCUGGUGGCAGCGCCUACCUCGAGAACACGUGGUAUUGGGUCGCCGACCACUCUCUCGAGCCCGAGGCCAAGGACGGUCAGAUUGACGUCUUCAACGGCCGCGGUGUUCUCAUCGAGGGAGAAGGACCCGUCUGGGGCUGGGCCACCGCCUCUGAGCACUCGGUCCUCCAAAACUACCAGUUCAACAACGCCUCCAACAUCUGGCUCGCCCUCAUCCAGACCGAGACCCCGUACUUCCAAGGCAACCCUGACGCGACCAAGCCCUUCACCGUCAACCCCACCUAUGCCGACCCUGACUUUGAGAAGUCGUGCGCCAACUCGAGCGACCCGACCUGCAAGAGAGCGUGGGGUGUCCGGGCUAUUAACUCCAAGGACAUCUUCAUCUACGGCGCGGGUCUCUACUCCUUCUUUGACAACUACGGCCAGGACUGCGUCAAGAGCCAGGACUGCCAGGUCAACAUGGUGUCUCUCGAGGACUCGGCGGUGCACUUUUACGGCCUUAGCACCAAGGCCAGCGUCAACAUGUUGACUGUCAACGGCGAGGGCGUUGCUCUCGACAAGGACAACAGGAACAACUUUUGCGCCACCCUUGCGCUGUUCACGUCGGAGCCUCAGGCCCAGGCUGCCUAG